CCACUGAGCUUGUCCCUGUUUCCUCUCGGCGGUUGGUUGGUCUGUGCACGCGGCACGCGUUUCUCGUGAAGGUCUCGUGUCCGAUGCUCCGCAGUGUCAGUGAAGGCAGCAGUGAUGCGGAGGAUGAAGGAUGGCUGCUGGCCGCUCUGAGACCCACUGAAGUCCUCUGAUAAUAAAACCAUCUGAAGGUGAUCAAUUAUGGGCUCCAUCUCCAUGAUGGGCAGUGGCAACAGCCCUGUGUUCAUCACAGCCUCCACCUCCCCUCACCAACACAUCCAGAACUCCUUCCUGCCCAAUGGCAUAAAGGUAACUCCUGGAAGCUCAGGGGACUUUGGGAGGAGCAGAUACCAUCAUAUUCAACCCACAGUGGCCAUCCUGGGUUCAGGAGACUUCUGCAAGUGUCUGACCCUACGACUGCUGCGCUGCGGCUUCCAUGUGGUGGUGGGCAGCCGACGUCCGAAGCUGGCUGUUCAUUCCUUUCCCCAUGUGGUUGAUGUGACCCACCAUGAGGACGCUGUAGGGAAGGCCAGCAUUGUAUUCUUAGCAAUCCGCCGCGAGCACUACCCUGUACUGUGGGACCUCAAACAUCUCCUGGAAGGGAAAAUCCUGGUGGAUGUGAGUAACAACAGGAGGGUGAAUCAGUAUCCAGAAUCCAACGCUGAGUAUCUGGCCUCACUGCUACCGGACUCCAUCGUAGUGAAAGGCUUCAAUGUAAUCUCAGCCUGGACCAUGCAGCAGACCUGCCCGAUAGAUGCCAGCACACAGGUGUACAUCUGCAGUAAUUCAGCGGAGGCUCGACAGCAGAUUAUGGAAUUAGCCCGCCAACUGAACUUCCAGCCAGUGGAUAUGGGCACACUGUCUUCUUCACGGGAUAUUGAAAACAUGCCUAUAUAUUUAUUUCCUGGCUGGAGGGGGCCCGUCCUUGCAGCUGUGGCCCUUUCCAUAUUUUUUUUCUGUUACUCAUUCACAAGGGACAUCAUCCACCCGUAUGUGAAAACCAAACAGGGUGACUUCUACAAGAUUCCCAUCGAGAUGGUGAACCGGACCCUGCCCACUGUGGCUAUCACUCUGUUGGCCUUGGUCUACCUGGCAGGCCAGCUGGCGGCAGCCCACCAACUCUAUUAUGGCACUAAGUACAGACAUUUCCCACACUGGCUAGAAGGCUGGCUGCAGAGCCGCAAGCAGCUAGGCCUCCUCAGCUUCUUCCUGGCUGCUGUUCAUGUCCUCUACAGCCUCUGUUUGCCCAUGAGGAGAUCUGAGCGCUACCUGCUCCUCAACAUGGCAUACCAACAGGUCCAUGCCAACAUGGAGAAUGCAUGGAAUGAGGAAGAGGUCUGGAGAGUCGAGAUGUAUGUUUCCUUUGGGAUCAUGAGCCUUGGGCUGCUUUCCCUCCUGGCUGUUACCUCCAUCCCUUCUGUCCACAGCGCCCUCAGCUGGCGGGAGUUCAGCUUCAUACAGUCCACUCUCGGUUACAUUGCUCUGCUCAUCGCUACCAUACAUGGCCUGCUGUUUGGUUGGAAGCAUGCUUUUGAGGAGGAGGCCUACCGUUUCUACCUGCCCCCCAACUUUGUGGUUGCUCUGGCCCUGCCCAUGUGUGUUAUUGUGGGGAAAUUGAUGAUGCUGCUCCCCUGUGUGGCCCGGAAGCUCCGGCAGAUCCGCCGCGGUGUAGACAGCAGCCGUUACCGAUGGCGUCACCUGGAGCCAAUGGGCCCGGCUGCACAUGUUUCCCCAGAGCGAGUCACCAUUAUGUGAGCGCUGGACAUAUCUGUCUGUGCACAUGUACAACCAAUACAUAUGUACAUCUGAGUGUCUCUGUUAUUGUAGAUAUUUGAAGCAGAUGUGUGCCCUGUGAGCCUGUGUGGUGCCGUUACUGUUAAUGCUAUCUUAUGUUGCAGUUAUGUCACGUCCGUCAUCAGUCAGUAGAAAAGUCAGUGCACCUGUCAACAAAUAAGUGCUGAAGGAAAUGAUGAUCCUGCAGUUAUCUCUGUUCUGG